AUGGAACUCUCAAUGCAAUCAUCCAAAUCCAAUCCCAUAAUUUUCUCCUCUUUCUUCUCCAUAGAUAUCUACCGUUUUCUUGAUUUUGCCGGGACCUUCUUCUCUCGCUUUGAUUUCAACAGGAGGGAAGGCCAUAAAAGGCUGUCUGAAAGUGAGAAGAAUGGCAAGGAACGGGCUGGUGCUAGAAAAGCCAAGAAGAAGCAGGUAAAGGAUGAGUUAGAUCGUAUUAAACAGGCUGAGAAGAAAAAGAGGCGCUUGGAGAAGGCUCUGGCCACUUCUGCAGCAAUCCGUUCUGAACUUGAAAAAAAGAAGCUGAAAAUGAAAGAAGAACAGGAGAGGCUUGAUGAAGAAGGUGCUGCAAUAGCCGAGGCAGUUGCACUGCAUGUUUUACUUGGUGAAGACUCGGACGAUUCAUGCAAAGUUAUGCUGAAGAAGGAUGAGGAGCUUACCUCGUUGGAUAAUGAUAUCAACUUCAACUUUGUUAUUGGUGGAAGACAUGCAAUGGUUCCUCAUGAUGAUCUCUCGAACUAUUUGCUUGAAGGAUCUGGCUGGGCUUCUGACCCUAAUGGAUAUAGGUGCAUGUGGAAUCCCUGGGACAAUUCCAAUUUGAUCGUCCCAUCUGGACCACUUGGCUGUUUCAUCACUUCAAAUCACUGA